UGUCAGUUUUACUUAUUUAGUUUUACUACUCAUAUAUUCCACACGCACUAUUGGGGUAGAAAAUAUCCGAUUCUGUUUUACACGAUAUUUUACAACUUUUUUCAUAGAUUUUACUGUCAAUUUGCUUUGACGUGUACAUUUGACGACAUUCGUGUGGGUGAUUAGCACAAACGUUUUAUUUAGUGACUUGUUAUUCUGCACGCUGCUUAGACACCGUCCUUCCAAACACGAACAUUUACAAAAAAUUUAAAAUGAAGGGUGAAAUACCAGCCGAUAUUGACUUUCCCGUGUGGGGAUUAUUACCAAAAAAAGAAACUGGAAGUAUAUCCUUUUUAUCAAAAUAUCCUGAUUACGAUGGGAAAGGUAUUGUUAUUGCAAUUUUGGACUCGGGGAUUGAUCCUGGGGCCCCAGGAUUACAGAAAACGUCAGAUGGUAAAAUUAAAAUAGUUGAAAGAUUCGACUGCAGUGGUUGCGGAGAUGUAAAUACGAGUACAAUAGUCAAACCUGAGGAUGGAUAUAUCGUCGGCCUAACAGGUCGGAAAAUGAAAGUUCCGUCAGAAUGGAAAAACCCAUCAGGUGAAUAUAGAAUAGGUGUUAAAAAUGCAUUUUACCUAUAUCCAGACAAGCUAAAAGAGCGCGUAAAAUCAGAAUAUAAGAAAAAAAAUUGGGACGAAGGUCAUCGAAAAAUUAUAAGCGAAGUAAACAGAGAUCUCGCGGAAUUUGAGAGUAGGCACUCUAGCAACAACUUAAAUGAAAACGAAAAAUUAGAAAAAGAGAACUUGGAAGCAAAAUUGGAAAUAUUAAAUCAUUUAGAGCAGAAAUACAAAGAUGCGGGUCCAGCGUACGAUUGUGUUCUUUUUAACGAUGGCGAAAAAUGGAUGUGUUGCGUAAAUACUAGCGAAACAAACGACCUUUCAGAAUGUCCUUUGUUGGGAGAAUACGGUGUAACUCACGAAUACUUGCCGCUGACGAAAACGGAUAACUUAAAUUUUAGUUUCAAUGUUCAUGAUAAUGGCAAUAUUCUCGAGUUGGUCGGCGUGUGUUCAAGUCAUGGCACUCAUGUAGCUUCGAUUGCUUCCGCGUAUUUCCCAGAGUCUCCCGAACAAAGCGGCGUAGCCCCGGGGGCUCAGAUUAUCUCGCUUACAAUUGGGGAUGGUCGAUUGGGGUCCAUGGAAACUGGCACUGCAUUAGUAAGGGCGAUGAUAAAAAUUAUAGAACUGAAGCAAAAAAUGGAUAUUCAUGUUAUUAAUAUGAGUUAUGGUGAACACGCUCAUUGGGUUGACACUGGGCGUAUUGGCGACUUGGUUAAUGAAAUAGUAAACAAAUACGGAGUUAUCUGGAUUUCAUCGGCUGGAAACAAUGGCCCCGCAUUGGGCACUAUAAGCACCCCAUCUGAUAUUAAUGAUGAACCUAUCGUCAGUGUGGGAGCAUAUGUAUCCCCAGAAAUGAUGGUUGCCGAGUAUGCAAUGAGACAAAAGUUGCCAGGCAGCCCUUAUACGUGGUCUUCGCGAGGUCCUACCAUCGAUGGUGGCAUAGGAGUUCACGUGUGUGCCCCAGGAGGUGCUAUAACAUCUGUACCCAACUUUACACUACGAUACAACCAAUUAAUGAAUGGAACGUCUAUGGCAUCUCCAAAUUGCGCAGGUUCUGUGGCUAUUAUCCUAUCAGGUCUGAUUCAACAAAAAAUACCUUAUUCCCCGUAUUUGGUGCGCAAGGCUUUAGAAAAUACGGCCAGUUUCAUUGAAGGAAUAGAGAUCCCCGCUCAAGGCGCAGGUCUUAUUCAAGUUGACAAAGCGUUUGACUAUUUAAUUACCUAUCAUAACGUAAUUGAAAGAGACGUACGUUUUCAAAUACAAUGCGGUUCAUCAAAUUCCAAGGGUAUUUACCUGCGAACCAAAUUACAUACGAAUUCGCAUAUAUUUAAAGUUAGCGUCGAACCUCAUUUUCUAAAUGAAGAUGAAGUACCUGCUGACAAAAAAAUUAAUUUCAACAUAAAACUAGUUUUGACCUGCAGCAGUCACUAUGUAGAAUUUCCAAAACAUCUGGACUUAUCGAAUUUCAGUAGGAUGUUUUCUGUGAAGAUAGAUACCUCAUCCUUGGCUGAAGGAUUACAUAGUACGUUUAUAAAUGCAUACGAUAUUAACUGCGUAGCUAAGGGUCCCGUAUUUAAAAUUCCAAUAACAAUUAUCAAACCCAAAGAAGUAACUGAACCCAAAUAUUUGGUCAGUUAUACUAAAGUACCUUUUAAACCAAAUACCAUAAGGCGGUACUAUUAUGUAGUGCCGGAUGUAGCAACAUGGGCUGUACUAAAACUGACUUCCGAUGAUGACAAUGGUCGCUUUGUUAUUCACACAUUACAAUCACUGCCAAGACAACACUGCAAAGCUUUGGAAACCAACAAAACCAUUGCAGUAACAUCAAAGACUGAGUCUUAUGUUACUUUCCAAGUGAAAGGUGGAUAUGUGCUUGAAUUGGUUAUAGCAAAAUAUUGGGCAAACCUUGGAGAAGUCAAUUUAGAUUACUCGAUACUGUUUUACGGAGUUAAACCCAAUCAACCUCUCGUUAACAUGCACUCUGCAGAUGGUAUUUAUAUGGUCGAGGUCAAAACCUUGCAAGGGGAAGAGAUAUCGCCUACAAUCACGCUUAAAAAUUCCGUACAGAUCCUCAAGCCUUCGGAAGCAAAAAUCGCGCCAUUAACAAGUCGUGACGUCAUACCUCCUAACCGGCAAAUAUACGAGUUGGUCUUAGUGUACAACUUUAAUUUAUCCAAACAAUGUGAGGUGUCGCCUAAUUUGGCACUCCUGAGCUAUAUGCUGUAUGAAUCAGAAUAUGAAUCGCAACUCUGGUUGCUUUACGACUCCAAUAAACAAUUAUUAGGAUGUGGAGAUGCAUAUCCUUCGAAAUAUACCAUUAAAUUGGAGAAAGGUGAUUAUGUUAUUCGUCUACAAGUUAGACAUGACAAAAAAGAAUACCUAGAAAAAAUAAACGAAGCUCCCUUAUUACUGCAACAGAAACUAGCUAGUAGUAUAACAAUGGAUGUGUAUCUAUCAUAUUCGCAAGCCCUUAUUGGAGGAAAAAAAGCUGGCGUUACACAUAAUUCAAAUCCAUACACAAACGUGCCUUUGUACAUCGCUCCGCUGGCCGAUAAAUUUCAGGUGAAAUCAAACAAUCCAGCACAUUAUUUAACUGGUUAUAUUACUUAUUCCAAAGAUGAAUCUGGGAAAAAAGUAGAUACUUAUCCUAUUAAAUAUGUUCUUACAGAUACUAGCAGUCCUAAGAAGGGCGGCGGGUCUAAUGGAAACGUUAAUAACGCCCAAGCGGAAAAGUCUAAAUUGGAAGAGUACAAUGAGUCGCUGAGGGAUAUACAGACCAGUUGGAUUUCUAGACUUGAUAAAGAAUCAGCUGAAAAGUUAUAUGAAGACCUACAGAAGAGUCACCCCAACCAUCUUCCAAUUCACUCUGCCUAUCUGCAAGUGAUAGACCCGGUAGACAAAAAGUUUAACGUUAAAAAGAAUCCUACUAGUGAGGAGCUUAACAAAAUCAUCGCCAUUUGCAACAAAGUAUUAGAAAAUGUCAAAGAGGAAACUGUUUUAGCUUACAUAGCAACAAAGACUGACUCUCGCCCAGAUGCGUCCAAAUAUAAAGCUCAAAUGGAGCAACAAAAAAAUGUUUAUCUGGAAUGUCUAUCUAGAAAAGGAGUAGCACUGUGUAGGUUAAGUUUGAUUUCCAAUGGCGCUGAAUCUAAAGAGUUGGAAAUAGCCAACAUUUGGAAAUCGCUUUUAAAAUUUGUUGACCCGACCGAUGCAAAGUUUUUGACAUCCCACGUGCUAUACUUUGCGUUAUGUCACUCGUUCAUCAAAGGACAUUUUGGAAGAUUUUUGAAGUAUUUGUAUAAAAUGCAAGAAGAUAAACCGACUGAAGAAACGGAGAAGAAAAUAAUUGAAAUUUGUCAGCAACUAAAUUGGACACAUGUGAAAAAUUAUCUGGAAAGGCAACUACCUUCCAAGUACCCUAAUGCUUAUAAACCUUUCUAAUAAUCCUGAAUACCUUAUAUUAAUUGUAAAUUACAAAUUUUCUUUUGAUUUUAUGUUCUAUAUAUAUAAAUAUAUUUAAAAUCGACUGUGGUUGAAUCGAUUUAUUAAACAAGCGAGUCUGUGA